GUUAAAAUGGAAGAGCUCAAAGAGAAGAAAAUUUCAAGCCAAAAGUUGCAAGUAUAUGAAUCGGACAUGGAAGAAUCCGACAGCAUUUCUGGUCGUAAUCAUGCCCAUAACUCCAAGGAAAAUCUGAAGUGGAGAGUGAUCUUAAACCUAGCAUUCCAAAGUAUUGGAGUGGUGUAUGGAGACAUUGGGACAUCCCCAUUAUAUGUGUAUGCGAGCACCUUCACCGAAGGUAUUAAGAACAACGAUGAUAUCCUGGGAGUACUUUCCUUGAUCUUCUAUACCCUCACUUUGCUCCCUUUGAUCAAGUACGUGUUCAUUGUCUUACAGGCCAAUGAUAAUGGCGAAGGAGGGACGUUUGCGUUAUACUCUCUCAUAUGCCGGUAUGCCAAGGUGAGUUUGAUCCCAAAUCAACAGGCUGAGGACAGUAACGUCUCAAAUUACAAGCUCGAGUUGCCGAACCGUCGUGUACGGAGGGCUUCGGGCCUCAAGUCUAGGCUAGAAAAGAGCAACUUUGCUAAGAUUUUCCUUUUGUUUGCCUCAAUGCUUGGAACUGCCAUGGUGAUAGGGGACGGUGUUCUCACUCCUUGUAUCUCAGUUUUAUCAGCUGUGGGAGGGCUAAAGGAAGCAACGUCUGCAAUUACAGAAGAUCUCAUCGUUUGGAUAUCAGUCGUCAUCUUGGUCGUCUUAUUCGUUAUUCAAGGAUAUGGAACUGAUAAAAUGGGCUAUACUUUUUCUCCAAUAAUUUGCAUUUGGUUCGUAUUGAUUGCUGGCAUCGGCAUCUACAAUUUUUUCAAAUUUGAUCCAAUGGUUAUUAAAGCAGUAAAUCCAAUGUAUAUAAUAGAUUAUUUUCAGAGGAACAAAAAACAAGCUUGGAUUUCUCUUGGUGGUGUUGUCCUCUGCACAACAGGAAGUGAAGCUCUAUUUGCAGAUCUUGGCCACUUUUCUGUUCGAUCCAUACAAAUAAGCAUGUGUUGCCUGACGUACCCGGCUAUCAUAUUGGCAUACACGGGACAAGCCUCCUUCCUCCGCAAGCACAAUGAUCUUGUUGCCAAUGUCUUUUUCAGCUCCAUACCAAAAACUUUGUAUUGGCCAAUGUUUGUAGUUGCUGUACUGGGGGCAAUCAUAGCAAGUCAAGCCAUGAUUUCUGGGACUUUCUCUAUAAUCCAACAAUCCCUCUCAUUGGGGUGUUUCCCUCGGGUGAAAGUAGUGCAUACAUCCGCUAAGUAUGAAGGACAAGUGUACGUACCUGAAGUCAAUUACCUUCUUAUGCUGGCUUGUGUAGCAGUCACUUUAGGUUUUAGGACCACUGCUAAGAUUGGCAAUGCCUACGGGAUAGCGGUGGUUUUUGUAAUGACCCUCACGUCGUCAUUCCUUGUACUAAUCAUGAUCAUGAUAUGGAAAUCUCAUAUACUUCUCGUAAUUUCCUACAUUCUAAUUAUUGGUGGCAUAGAGCUUCUCUAUUUAAGUUCAACACUGUACAAAUUUGAGCAAGGAGGAUAUCUUCCCCUAGCAUUUGCAACAAUCCUAAUGAGUAUCAUGUAUAUUUGGAACUAUGUGUUUCGGAGAAAGUACUAUUAUGAGCUUGAACACAAAAUCUCUCCACAGAAGCUAAGGGAAAUAACUGCUGACACAAGCUUUUGUCGAAUGCCUGGGCUAGCCAUGUUCUACUCGGAGCUUGUUCAUGGCAUCCCACCAAUCUUCAAGCACUAUGUGGAAAACGUGCCUGCAUUGCACUCAGUCCUGGUUUUUGUCUCCAUUAAAUCGCUUCCCAUAAGCAAGGUUCCGGUGGAAGAGCGUUUCCUUUUUCGCCAAUUGGAGCCGAAAGAGCUUAAUGUGUUUCGAUGUAUUGUGAGAUAUGGAUACACAGAUGUGAGGAAUGAGCAAGAGCCCUUUGAGAAGAUCUUGAUGGAGAGAUUGAAGGAGCAUAUAAAUGAUGAGUUUUGGUUGGCUCAUAGAUUGCUUGAUAAUGGUGAUGAGAAGGAUGGAAAGAUUGAAGAUGAGAAUGAGAAUGUGAAGGAAGUUGAAGAAGAAGUUAAGGGAGAAGAGGCGGUGGAGAAAGAGAUUGAGGUUGUGGACAAGGCAUGUAAAGCAGGAGUUGUUCACUUAAUUGGUGAGACUGAAGUGGUUGCUGGCACUAGUUCUAGUAUAGGCAAGAGAAUUGUGAUAAAUUAUGCUUACAAUUUCUUGAAGAGGAAUUUGAGACAAACUACCAAUGUGUUUGAUAUUCCUCACAAGUCUAUGCUAAAAGUGGGCAUGAUUUAUGAGCUUUAG